ACUUGUGUUACUCAUAGGUAAUGAAUAAUUGGAACUAGUUAAUUCAUUUCAUAAAAUGGUGAAAACUAUCUAAAAUACCUUCGAAAAGUUCUUUUCAGUUCAUAAACUAAAGUGUAAAUUAAUGUAAAAACUAAAUUAAAAGUGUUAUCAGGUACUUAUCCAUGUCGGACAACGUUUGAUACAGGAGGCGUUCGGCCGUAAUGAUGGCCGAGCAUGGCCGGUCGUGGCGGCGCUGAUCGCUCGGCUGGCGGCUGCAACUGCUCCAACAUCUCGGUCAUGCAAUUAUUUCAUGAGUUGAAGCAGCAGUUUCCGGCGCUGCCCGACAAAUUGGUCAGCGAUUGCGCAAACACACACUGUCACGACCGGACGCUGUGCACGCAACUACUUCGACGAGCCGCAGGAGAGAUGACACAAGCGGCAUAUCCGGCACAAGCGCUACGUAGAGCUCCGGAUCCGCCGGCUAGUUCGCCACCGCAACGUCCAACAACACUUCAUUUUGCACCUGCAUCCCAUUCGCGACCGUCCCGUCAUGCGCCACCGCCGCCAUUACCGCUUCCACCUAUUGCACAAGAAACGAUUGAAGAACAAUAUCCUGUAAAUUUGUCCCUGGACUUAAAUUGUUCAAGUGGUCAUUCGCGAAAUCCUUUGCGAACAUCGGUUAAUGUAACGGUUCGCACUCCUGUUGGUUCGCCUCUCCAACCUGCUGCAGCGGCACAUCACCAGAGCGGUGCGACGGCUGCUAAUUUGUUGCCACGGCACCAGCAGCCUGUUUCACAUCAUCAGCAAGUACAGGGUUUCCAAAGCCGAUUGCAUAUAACGGUGAGUCCAUCGUCAGCUUCUGGUCCGCAGACUAGCCUUUUGACUCAGCCUCGUCGCCCGCGGAGCUAUUAUGGACCUCUAAUACCUGAACCGCCUAUCACUCCAACGAGAGUCGCACGAGCGGAAUCUUUACCGGACGUGCUAGCUGAUUUAGCACCUGAGCAGGCAAACACUGUGAAACGGCAACUGGAGCGCAAGCAUCGCUUAGAAUGCGAACUAGAAGCAGAACGCAGCAGGCUGCGUGCAAUGCAGCGAGAAGUAUGUGCGUUAGAAGGUCCUGCUGUGUCGCAAGGACCAGGUCGAGCACUAAUACUUAAGCAAGAAAUACAGACCUUGCAAAGUCAAUGUGUUGUGCUGGCACAACGCGUUGACCAAUACACAGGCGAUCGCAUUCCUUUAUGCGAGACAUCCGAAGAGUUUUACCAAAACAUCUACACCGGACAGCAAUUACACAUGCCAUCCGUGCGACGCAGGCGUCGCGAACCGCCUCCUCGGCCUCCUCCGCCGCGUCCAUUGGGAAUUAGUGAGGCGACACCCUGGACGUGUCAUUUGUGUACGUUCAGAAAUCAUCCUCUUUUAAACAAGUGCGAGCAAUGCGAGAUGCCAUGCAUCUUACGAGGUACUAUGGCAGUGAAACCUUUAUCGUCAGAUCUGUCGCAUUUGACACCAGAAAAUAAUGAUAAAUUAACAGUUGCUGCUGAUAGUGUUUCUCGCAUUAAUAACGCUUUGGCGAGCCUGAACUGUGUCUCCGAUCAGUAAAAACAAAGUUGCUGAAGAGCUUAUUUUGUUUGAUAUGUUUGUUGCUAUUGUGGAUUGUUGCAUGAAACUGAACUGAAUGCAUUUUUUUAAAGAUAUAACAAGUACAUUAUUAGUUAUUAUUUGUUGACCAGUGUUACUACAUUUUUGUUAUUAAUGGAAUUUGUAUUAUAAGACUACUUGGCUAAGUCACUUAU